AUGUACGAACUUUGCACCGUGACGUACGGCACAUCUCCUGCGUCGUUUUUAGCCACGCGAUGCCUCACAUGGUUAGCCGAGCAUUACGCUGGCGAUUGGCCUAAUGGUUCCAAGUCCAGUCAUCGUACUGGCAAAGCUAAUCUUACAAUAACUUUGGCAGCUGGGCAUCGGCUGGGACGAGUCGGUUCCGCAGGAGCUUCACGCGCAGUGGAAGUUUUGGAGCUCAAAACGCAAUUGAAUGACAUUAAUCGACUCAACAUCCCGCGAUGCAUCAAGCAUGCUACUUCUUCCGAUUCCAUUCAAGUACACGUGUUUUGCGAUGCAAGCCAACGGGCCUAUGGAGCUUGCGUGUGGUCGGUAUUCGUUUCACACAGAGUGGGAGAAAUUCAAAAUUAUAUCAAUCCCGAGAAUUGGCAUCACGUAAAAUCGACCGACAAUUCAGCGGAUCUCCUGUCGCGCGGUCUCGAUCCGCAGGAGCUAACAAAUUCGCGUAUGUGGUGGCAUGGACCUAGUUUCCUUCAUCUUAACCCUAGCCUCUGGCCCGAUUCCGGUUUCACGCGUUCCCUUGAGAACAUUCCCGAGCAAAGGAGAUUUUUCAAAUCGCGUCGCUCGAGCGAACCCACAAUUUUCGUGUCCCAUCAGGAGAUACUAGCCGCACUACGAAUCAUGUGCAAAUCUAUACAGCGCCAAGCCUUUUUCGCAGAAUACAAGGACCUUCAGGAAGGUCGCACCCCUCAUACAACUAGUAGCGUACUAGCUUUGUCCCCAUUUAUUUGCAGCGAUGGCUUGAUACGAGUGGGUGAGCAAGAGCACGAGCGCAACGCUCAUGCGGGCGCGCAGGCUACAAUGGCAGCAGUAAGGCAACGUUUCUGGCCAAUUUCUUUAAGAUCCGCCACCCGAAAGGUGAUCAGAAAUUGUGUAACAUGUUUCAGAAGCAAGCCCGUGCAAUCUGAGACGAUUAUGGCAUCAUUGCCUGCUGGGCGAGUUAAUGCUUCGCGAUCGUUUAUGCAUUGUGGCGUUGAUUACGCGGGCCCAUUCAUAUUACGAGAGUCCAAAAGACGAAACGCUUGCACGCACAAGGCUUAUUUGGCGGUCUUUGUGUGCUUCUCCACUAAGUGCGUGCAUCUCGAACUAGUCAGUGACCUCACGGCUGAGGCAUUCAUAGCCGCGCUAAAGCGAUUCGUGUCCCGCAGAGGAAAACCGUCUUGCAUUUACUCCGACAAUGGAACGACUUUCGUGGGUGCUCAUGGUCAGCUUAAAGAACUUUUUAAUAUUUUACGUGACGACCAAACGCAGGUCGAGAUAGCUAAUUCUUUGCGGGAGCACGAAACUACGUGGAAAUUCAUUCCCCCUGUUGUACCCGUGGCGAGGUGGAGCCAAGAAUAUCUGCAUACCCUCCAGGAGCGAUCCAAGUGGAGAACAAACAAGGGUGAUCAGCUGAAGCCCAACCAAAUGGUGCUACUGAAGCAGCCGAAUCUAGCACCCCUCCAAUGGUUGUUGGGUCGCGUCGAACAAGUUCAUCCAGGAACUGAUGGCAACGUGCGGACUGCCACCAUCCGUACCGCAAAAAGUCUUUUCACUAGACCAUUAACCAAGCUCGCUAUUCUACCAAUAGAAACUCAGCGCUCCACUUCAUUUUAA